GGUGCGGGAAGGGGUGUGGCUGGCUGAGGAAGCCAUAGCUUAGACGCACUUUUCGCCGAAUUGGACUCGCGGGAAAAUGAAGAGGGUGUCAGGAGAUCUCGCGAGACGGAGACCGGAAGUCCUUCCUCUUGAGCGCCCAAUGCUGGAGGCGGCUUGCCUUUCCUUCCCGGAAGCCCCUUCCCCGCAGUGAGGAAGACAGCUCACCUGCCCGGAAGUCCCGCCUCCCCGAACGCCCCCACCCUCCCAGAAGUUUUCUGUCACCUGUGCUUGCCUCGGUCCCCGCUCCCGGUUUUGUCCCUGUACCCGAGAAGGAUACAUUUAGUGCGUCUCUGCCCGCUCCACUAACCGGGCGGGGUGCCCCGCUCCCGGACUCGGGGUUCCUCCCCCGCGCCCCCAUGUAGCUGGGAAGUGGGGCCUGGGGGUGGUUGGACCCCUGGGGGCCUGGAGGAGGGGCGGAGAGGGCGCAGAACCCCGCUUCUGCUCCUGCUGCCGGGACGUGGCCUCCUCGGCCUCUCGCCGCCCGCGGCCAUGCACCCCGCGGCCUUCCCGCUUCCCGUGGUGGUGGCCGCCGUGCUGUGGGGAGCGUCCCCCGCGCGGGGGCUCAUCCGAGCGACCUCGGACCACAAUACCAGCAUGGACUUCGCAGACCUGCCCGCGCUCUUUGGAGCCGCCCUGAGCCAGGAGGGGCUGCAGUCAACAGUUCAUGAAUCGGGAAGCAUCCCAUGUAGCAGAUAGAAAGGAGCUUCGAAGAGCUGUACGGAAAUGAGAAACUUUGGUAGGCACGAGGUGGCAGGACAAGGCUUCCUUGUGGAGGCUCACCCGGCCAAUGCCUGCAGCCCCAUUGCCCCUCCACCCCCAGCCCGGGUCAACGGGUCAGUCUUUAUUGCACUGCUUCGAAGAUUCGACUGCAACUUUGACCUCAAGGUCCUAAAUGCUCAGAAGGCAGGGUAUGGCGCAGCUGUGGUCCACAACGUGAACUCCAACGAGCUUCUGAACAUGGUGUGGAACAGCGAGGAAAUCCAGCAGCAGAUCUGGAUCCCGUCUGUGUUUAUUGGGGAGAGGAGCUCCGAGUACCUGCGUGCCCUCUUUGUCUACGAGAAGGGGGCUCGGGUGCUUCUGGUCCCAGACAAUAGCUUCCCUCUGGGGUAUUACCUCAUCCCCUUCACGGGCAUCGUGGGCCUGCUGGUUCUGGCCAUGGGAGCAGUGAUGGUAGUCCGUUGUGUCCAGCACCGGAAGCGGCUCCAGCGGAAUCGACUGACCAAAGAACAACUAAAACAGAUUCCUACACAUGACUAUCAGAAGGAAACCCACUUCCCUCCUGACCCCAGAUUCUUCAUGUCCUCCUCUGGCCUCACCCUGCCCGUUGCCAGUGCUUCUCCUGGCUCCGCAAAGCCAGGGAGGGAGACCAGUAUGACGUGUGUGCCAUCUGCCUGGACGAGUAUGAGGAUGGGGACAAGCUGCGGGUGCUGCCCUGUGCUCACGCCUACCACAGCCGCUGCGUGGACCCCUGGCUCACCCAGACCCGGAAGACCUGUCCCAUCUGCAAGCAGCCUGUCCACCGGGGUCCGGGGGAGGACGAAGCUCAGGGGCAAGAGGGUGAUGACGACGGGGGUCCAGGGGACCAGCCUGCCACAGAGCGGACCCCUCUUCUGGGCUCCAGUCCCACGCUUCCCACCUCCUUUGGCUCCCUGGCUCCAACCCCUCUUGUCCUCCCGGGGUCUCCAACGGACCCCCCACCGUCACCCCCCUCCCCUUCGGCUGCGCUCCUGGUCUGAUGGUCCCUUCCCCCCCCCGCGCCCCCCAGUCUUGUGUGUGGAGGGAUGGGGGACAUUGCUGCCCCCGGGGUCUCCCUUCCUCCAUCCCUCUUGAGGGGGCUGGGGGCGGAAAGGGACUGGGUCCUCACCUACUGGGUUAAUAAAAUUGUUUUUGCGAACUAA